UAUAAAGACCGCAGAAGAGGAGAAAGCGGUGCAUUAUAGUGCUUAGACAUCAACAGUCUCGACGCGUCUGUUCGCCUAAUAACUACUCUUACCGCAGUCGUAUUAAAACGGCUGGCAAAAUGCAGUAUAAUCGACAUCGUGUCCGCAUGAAACGUUUUUGCUGGUGAUUUUUCCCUCACUCUUGAUAGAUGACUCUUCGAAACAGGGACAAAAACUGGACACUCGCACUUUUUAUUUAUUUCUCUGCUCCACAAAUACAAUUGUAGUUGGAUAUAUGACUCGGACGUUUCACCAGUCAUUGAGAUUACUCGUUGUUUACAUUUGCUGACUGCUACACCAGCUCACCUCGGAAGGAAAGAGGGAUACUUGAACCUCAUGCCUCCACAAAGCCAUUUGUGAGGCAAGGCUUCCUCCACACCAACAGACCAGCAUGGAGAAAGGGGUCCGAACACGACAUGAAACAGGAGCGGCAGAUGAGAAAGAUGCUCUUACUCAAGGGAAGAGCCCAUUAGCGGGGAGUGCAGACUUCGGACAUGAAUGUUGCAAACGUAAUGGUCUGAUCAAUACCCACAACCUAAUGGUGGAGACUAAGGAAGGACUGGUGUCGGUCUAUUCUGCCCCUCAGUACCAGGGCCAUGUGGUGUCCAAGGACAUAAAUGGGACACCGGAUGGUCGAGGACCCCCACAGUUGCUCAACCCCAGCGCCCUGCCCCAGGCUAUAGACCCUUACUACAGACCCAACCUCCUUCUGUACCCCGAGAGCGUGUUGAGAGCUUGGGGAGAUGGGGGGGACUGCUGCGAGACCACCUUCAUUGAGGAGAUGACCCCCGCCUCGUCCGGCUCCGCUGUCACUAAAGACGGUCUGUUCACCGACAGCAAGCUGCUGGAGCUCUCAAUGGAAGACGCCAAGAUCCAGACGCUCUCCUAUGACGUAGAUGACGACGACGAUGAAUUUCAAGAACUCGAGAGUGAGUACUCUAGUGACUCAGAGAGCGAAGACAAUUUCCUCCUGAUGCCCCCGAGGGACCACCUGGGCCUCAGUGUGUUCUCCAUGAUCUGCUGUUUCUGGCCCUUGGGCAUCGCAGCUUUCUGCCUGUCUCAUGAGACUAACAAAGCGGUGACUAAAGGAGACUUUCAUCAUGCCAGCUCCAGCUCCAGACGUGCGCUCUUCCUCGCCGUACUGUCCAUCACCAUUGGGACGGGCAUCUAUGUGGGUGUGGCUGUGGCCCUUAUUGCAUACCUCUCCAAAAACAAUCACUUGUAGCCUUCCCAUGCCCAAAUCACUCUCACAGUCGGAUAAAGACUGGUUCACUUUGGGAUCAGCUUCUUUGGGAAACACCCGAUGGUCACGAUACGGGACUCACCAGCAAUGUGUUCCACUCCUGCACUUUUAAAAGUCACGUUCCCAUUUUGUUGGGAAGAUCAUCAUUUGUGUAAAUUGUCUUGGUCACUUUUCUGCAUUUUCAUGUGAACGUGCCACCAUCAGUAUUUUAUUCUUUCUUUAUUUUAUUUUUUUGCGCUCAGUGUUUGUGCAAGUGCAAAUCUAAUG